UAGGAUCUUUGGAAUGCAGUAUUUUUUUUCGAAUCUUUUAUUUUUCAUGUGAAAAUAAGCUAAAAAUUGCCGUAUGAUUUUUACAAAAUCCCCAUGCUCUAAAGAGUGCCGAGACAAUAUUGGGCCUAAACUGGUGGCAUGGGCGAGACGGCCCAACUUUCAUCUAGUCAGUUGGCUAUCUCUAUCUGGGGACGCAAAACCCAUCCACCUUCUGAGAUUUCAAUCCUUCUUCCCCAGUGAAUUUUUCUUCCGAUCAGCCAUCCCCGUCUCUCUCGCAAAAUCCGAAUCCUUCGGAGCAGUCAUUCGAUGGGGUCGGCGGCUGGCACCUGCGAGAUCGUGCGCCUACCGGAGGACCUCCUCUCGGCGGCGCUCGCCCUCACCACACCGCGGGACGCCUGCCGCGCCGCUGCGGUCUCCCGCGCCUUCCGCGACGCCGCCGGGUCCGAUGCCUUAUGGGCCCGCUUCGUGCCCCGCGACCUCCCGCCGAUCGCUAACGGGGUGCUCUCCGGCCCUGCGUCUCCGUCGAAGAAGGAGCGGUUCCUUCGCAUCUCCGACCGCCAUUGCCCCGUCUUACUCGCCGAUGGCCUCAGGAUACGGCCGGCCACCAAAAAUCCUCUACUCGCCUAUGGCUUCGAGAGCAUGUGGUUGGACAGGGGGAGCGGCUCCAAGUGCUACAUGCUGCUAGCGAGGGGCCUGCACAUCUCGUGGGGCGACGCGUGCUACUGGCGCUGGAUGGAUCUCCCCGACUCCAGGUUCGAAGUUGCUCAUUUGCGGAAUGUUUGCUGGUUCGAAAUACGUGGCAAGAUACACAGCAAAAUGCUUUCUCGAGACACAGCUUAUGCAGCUUACAUUGUGUUCAAGACACUUGUUGAAUCCAGUGGGCUAGAUUAUCCACCUCAGAAGGCAUCAAUUGACACAGUUGCAGGAAAGAAAAAAAUUCGCAAAGUCUGCCUCCAAAGCUAUGAAGGUAGGCAUGUGAACCGUCAGGUCACAGUGCCCUUGACGCCAGAAUACAACAAGAGCUACCGGCUUGGGCAUGGUAGAAACCCGGUGCUCCCUCAGGAAAGGACUGACGGUUGGAUGGAGUUGGAGAUGGGUGUGUUCUACAACAAGGAAGGUGGUGAUGGUGAGGUGCGCUUUAGCCUCCUGCAGACAUCACGUACUUCAAAGAGAGGUCUUAUUGUGCAGGGCAUUGAGAUUAGACCCAAGAAACUAGGCUAAGGAUUUGUAGUCAUGUAGAGCCAUCCUGUGGGAAUAAAUAGAUUGACAGAAGAAAGCAUGUAAUCAGUACUCAGUAUUCACCAUAUAGCUAGAUGGUAUUAAAUAUUGAUUGUAUCAUCUAACCAUAAACACCCUAAACAUAUAAUGCGGUUUAAGAAUUCAAUAGUGUGCCACACAUACUA